GGCCGACGUGAACUGGAAGAGGUAAAAAGUGAGGAGCAGAACGUGCAGUGUAGCGAUGUGACUACCGGUCUAGAAGAAGAUUGCUCAACUAUUACACGCCUUUUCAAUAGAGGAGAUGUAAGCAUGACCUCUGCAAAGUUGGCAGAUGCCCUACCUAAAUUGGAGAUCAGGGGAGAAACAAUGUCACCCUCUUCUCCGUUUCACAAAGGUGCUGAUGCAAAAGGGGUGCCCCGUUCCCAGGACAUUUUGACGGACAUUGCAUCUAAGUACUUAAACACACUCAACCCAUCAACACGGGAGGAGUUUAAUGCAUUUAUGAAGUAUAUGACUGACGUCCGGAAAGUGAUUGUUGUUGGUGUUAAUACAGGAAGCUUAAUAAUCACAGCAGAAUGUAGCUCUCUGGAGAUCUUAGAUGAAUUGUGGAAAGCCCAUUGCACAGGUACCCUUAACAAAAAGGCACAGUCUCUGGUAACAGAGGAUGUUCUGAAAACGUUUGGGCUAACCGAGGUGAAACUUAUAACUACCAUCUUGGAAGAAGAGUAUGAAGCUUGUCGAGAGGUGUUUUUAAAAGAAGGUGCAGGUGGGUAUAUUUUAUGGACACUGUCAAAUCUUUUCCGUAGGUUAUGA